CGCUCCUCGAGUCGCAGCAGGCACGUUCUCCCCAAUUGAUAUCGAGCGUGAUGGCACUGGUCUGGCUGCGUUCUUGUCGUCGACCCCUGGCAGCUUGGCAACAGACAAAGGCAAAGCAUCUGCUAUCUGCAGACUUCACAAUAAUUGAUUGACUUUCGUCAUUCGUGGAUUACUCUUACUUCGCAAGUCAGCCUUAUUGUUACUCCAGUCUCCGUCUCAGCCUCGAAGGGCUGAUAUAGGCUUCAUCAGCCUCCACUUCAUGUCUCUCGGGCCCACCCCACACGCUUCACCUUCCAAAAUCCGAACACGCUUCUAAUGUUAUCGUUCCACCGAGUCGGUAAUGCUGCGUAUCGUGAUGUGCCGGGUGUCUACACCCAUAUCGCAGACCCAAAUGAACGACGUCGCAUGGCCCUGGCCGAGGUCGACAAGGCACCUUUUGGCUGGUACCAUGUUCGACUUGCAGUCGUGACUGGGAUUGGGUUCUUUACAGACGCCUACAGUUUGUUCGCCAUCAACCUCGCAGUCAUCUUGCUAGGAAUAGUAUACUGGCAAGAUGAGACACAUCGUGGCGUCAUGCCUCACAAUGCCGACACUGCCAUCAAGGUCGCAACAUCUGCUGGUGCAAUCUUCGGCCAAUGCAUUUUUGGGUAUCUGGGAGACCUCCUAGGUCGUAAACGAAUGUACGGUGUCGAGCUCAUGAUCAUCAUUGCAACUACACUUGCCCAGUCGCUCUGCGGAGAGUCAAGUACCCUGUCGAUUGUCGGAGUUCUGAUCUUCUACCGCGUGGUAAUGGGCAUUGGAGUCGGCGGCGAUUAUCCAUUAUCUGCUGUAAUAACGGCAGAGUUCUCCAGCACCCGGUAUCGUGGUGGUAUCAUCGCUGCUGUUUUCGCUAUGCAAGGACUUGGCCAGCUGGCUGCUGCGCUAAUGACAUUGAUCGUAGUAGUCGCAUACAAAGACCAUCUUCAGGCUGUAGCGUCAGUCGCAGCCUGUACAGGGCAAUGUAUCAACACUGUCGACAAGAUGUGGAGGAUCAUAAUCGCCUUUGGAGGGAUCCCGGGUUGGUUUGCUUUGUACUAUCGACUCACCAUUCCAGAAACACCUAGAUAUACAUUCGACGUACUAUACGACGUUGAGAAGGCGACUAUUGAUGCGAGGAAGUAUCGGUAUGGAAAGCAGGGCAAUAUUCUGAAUCCCGUCAUGCAAGCGCAGACGAGGCGUGAGAUGAAUGGCUACAGAAAGCCGUCAAUCACAUUGAUGGAAGUUUUCCGGUUCUAUUCACAGAAGAGGCAGGCUAUCAGACUGUUCGGUUGUGCGAUGUCAUGGUUCUUCCUCGAUCUCGCCUUCUACGGCCUAGGCUUCUCCUCUGCUUCCCUUCUUUCAACCAUGGGCUUCGACAAGCGCGACAACCUCUACUUAAACCUGCGCAACACAGCAACCGGCCAAAUCGUGCUAAUCUGCGCCGGCGCACUCCCCGGCUACUGGCUCACCAUCUUCACCGUCGACAAACUUGGCCGCAAGACCAUCCAGAUCGGCGGCUUCGCAAUCCUGACAAUUAUCUUCUGCGUGCUGGGCUUUGCAUGGAAAGUCCUUUCCAAAACGCACCUCCUCAUCCUCUACGUCAUGGCACAGUUCUUCUUCAAUUUCGGUCCUAACGCAACGACAUUCAUUAUACCAGCCGAAAUAUUCCCAACGCGUGUGAGGAGUACAGGUCAUGGCUUCAGCGCAGGAAUGGGCAAGCUCGGCGCCGUCUUCGCACAAAUCUUCUUCGCCCCGAUGAUCAAGCGCGGGGCUACACACGACAAUCCCACGCCCUGGAUUCACGGUGUUAUGCAGAUCUUUGCGCUCUUCAUGUUUCUGGGCAUGUUGACAAGUCUCCUCGUACCGGAGAGUAAGAGGGAGAGCUUGGAGAGGCUGGCGGGCGAGAAAGAGGAUGUGUACGAGGUGCAGGCUGGGGCUUGGAGAAGUAGGACGGGACGGGCUGAGGAUGUGGAGGCGCCGAGCGCGUCGAGGGUCAGUGGCAGUGCAAUCAGUGGGAGAAGUACGGAGGGGAUUAUGGAGGAUGGAGAGAUGGAGAAGGGGAAGUGGUGGCGGUUUAGGCAGAAUGAGGUCCGGAGCCCUUGACGCGGGAUGGUUUUCUAUGUAUUGCUACCGUUCUAUAGUAUUCAAU